AUGCUUAUUUAAAUAAAUUAACAACUAUCAUUUAAUAUCAAGACAUUUUAGAAGCAUUUCAAUCUACUAAAAUUAUUAAAUAAGGAACUAGAGUCAAUAUAUUUCUUAUUGAAGAAAUAAGAGCCAUCUUUUUUUGAUUUCUCUCUUAAUCUUCAAUAAAAGAUUAAGCAUUGUUAGUAUCCAGAAACUUAAAAGAGAGAUUUAGUUAAUGUUUAAUUUAUUUUAUGUGGAAUGAAAGAAGAGAAAAUACUUAACCUUUUAUAUCAAUAGUAUAAACUUAGUCUUUUAAUUCAAAGUAAAGAAAUAUUUGAAUUUAUUGUAAAGUGAUUAGAUUGGCAUGUUCUAAUUUAUGGAAUUGAUCCAAGAAUGUAAACAUGAUUUUUAAUGCUGA